UCUCUGGACGUCGUCACCCUCGUCUUCAGCAGCGCCAGCGGGUGGAUCUGGAGCCGCGGCCGUAGGGAAACCAGCGUGAGAACAGGGACCGGAAGGGAGAAGCACCAAGUCUCUCAGGAGGGUCAACAAGAGGCCAGAAAAGCUGGCAGAAGAGGCACGGGCACCUGUAGGCGAAUCGGGGGAACCAGCAUCAUCAUCAGCACCGACAGCAGUGCCGCCGUGUUGAGUCAAAGCGCCGGCGACGGUACAGGACGGAAGCACUUCCCCAGUGCUGGUGGCGUUGGUGAUCUCAACGCCACGGAAAACGCGUCCUAGAAUCUCCCGAGUCUCCUCCGGACUUUUCUGUUUUGUGUGCGACACAUAUGUGACUACAUUGAUUUUCUGAGGCUUAUCAGCCAGUUUGCAGCUGAUGCCAGAGCUUCCAACUUCUUCUCCCGAGCGCGUUUUCUGUUUGCGACAAGCAGGGCAGCCUUUUUUCUUUAAUACGUAGUUCUCGACCGCUACCAGUACACGCUCCCCACCGCAGCCACCAGACGGGACUGAGGUGGCCACGGUUGGAGCUGCGUGUGGCAAUCCAAGCUCCCGAAUCCAAGAUCUGCAAGAAACGGCGAUGUCCCCCAUAAACGGCAGUGCGCCGACGGGCGCGGCACUCUUCCUCGAUUCAUCCGGCGUUAGCCUGAACUCCAACGCCAGCAACGACUUCAACAACACCUACGGCAACGCCACCGCGUUUCAGGCAGAGUCGGUCGGGCCGAUGCACACGGUCAUUCCGAUGACCGUACUCUACGUAGUGACGUUUCUGCUGAGCGCCGUCGGCAACACGGUCACGUGCGUGGUCAUCGUGUACAACCGCUACAUGCACACAGCCACCAACUACUACCUCUUCAGCAUGUCCGUGUCGGACCUGCUGCUGCUGCUGACGGGCCUGCCGUUCGAGCUGUACUCGUUCUGGGUGCCGAGCCACCCGUACGUAUUCGGCGAGCCGUUCUGCGUCGGUCGCGGUCUGAGCGCCGAGACGUCCACCAACGCCUCCAUCCUCACCAUCGUCUUCUUUACGGUGGAGCGCUACCUGGCCAUCUGCCACCCGCUGCUGCAGCAGACGAUGUCGAGCCUCCCGCGCACCGUGCGUAACAUCGCCCUCAUCUGGGUCCUGUCGCUGCUCUGCGCAUGCUUCCCCGCCGCGAAGUUCGGCAUCAAGUACCACCGCGACGAACUCGAUCAGAUCAUCGAGGGGACGGACGAGUGUAACGUGGUGCGCCACCUCUUCCCGCACGUCUUCGCGGUGCUGUUCAUCAUCUUCUUUGUGGUGCCGAUGCUGCUGAUCACGGUGCUGUACGUGCAGAUCGGUCUGCGGCUGCGCCGGUCCGGCAGAGCGCGCGGUCUCACCCGUAGCAGCGUGCACCGAGGCGGCUCGGGACGCGGCGGAGCCGGCGGCACGGCCGCUCGUAAGGCCGUCGUCAAGAUGCUCGUGGCCGUGGUGGUUGCGUUCUUCAUUUGCUGGGCGCCUUUCCACGCCCAGAGGCUGAUGAUUAUUUACCCGUCGAAUCUGGACGGUCUGCAGGAUCACGCCUGGUGCUACGUCACAUAUGUCUCUGGCAUACUGUACUUCGUCAGCACCUGCGUGAACCCCAUUCUCUACCACAUGAUGAGCGCCAAGUUCCGCCAGGCUGUCCGGGACACUUUCGGGAAGACCUGCCACAAGGUGUGCUGCAGAACAGAGGCGCCCCUAGCGGCGGAGGGCGAUGCCAGGCUGCCAGCGCACGUGCAGGAGAUCAGCCAGGAGAACAUCAAGAAUCGGAUCAAUGAGGUCAUCACCGAGAUCGAGCGCGAGGUGGAGCGUGAGGAGCGGGAGGACUGUGAGGACGCGGAGGAGGACAAGGCUGAGCGGCCGCCGUACACAACCUCCACCUUUUAG